AGGAUAUUGUAAACUUACACAUCACAGUUUGGUGUUAGUAUCCAUUAUAAAUCAGAUUUAAAUGAACAAAUUUUAAUCCAAUCAGAUAGAAGAGAUUUUACGCUACUGAACAUAGGGGUGGAUCUCUACAAAAGACCUACAAAAUACCAUUAACUUCAUUCAUACAUUUAUUUUUAACACGGAUAACACGUGGAGUUUGAUGUCAAUAAACGAGAAAGAAAUAAGAUUUAAGAAUCUGAUCACCUGAAAUUAACAAGAAUUAGGCGAACGAUAGAACUUUGCUAUAAUAACCAGGAAAAUCUAUUCUUUAGCUACAUACGAUAAUAUUGGAAUUUCUUCUGGAUUAAUUAACUCGUUCCACAGGAGAGAAGGAAUGCUGCAUCAACACUCAGGUGACACGCAAUUUAAUCUGAUAAAAUGUGAAAAUAAUUUUUACGAUAAUAUCUAACCGAUCUUAAACAUUAAAUGAAGUGUUUGUUCAACAUUUAUUUGCGUGUAUGACAAUGGAAAACGCCAAUCUUGCCGAUCCGUAUACUUGUACAGUCCGAAUUAUGGCACCAAAGGGGAAAUCUAAAGUUUUAUGCAAGAUUAUUUCGCCUCUGACUAAAUGGAUAGAUCCAUCUUUUCAAAUACUCCAGGUCUCUGAAGGGAGUCAUAUAAACACUGAAAAAUUGACAUGCAAUGAUGAAAAUAGUGACGAUGAAAUACUACAAACUCCAGCACUCAGCAUUAUGAUGUUUUUGUCCGAAAGUGGAGCCGUCACUUACGAAGAGCUCAAGGCAGUUUUAAAGAAACGGCCUUGGAAACUUCAUCAUAAAAUGGAAUUAAAAAGCAAAAUCUCCCCCGAUCGAACUAUUGGUUGUCAGGAGUUUUAUGGGUUAGCAGACGACAUGCCCCUGUGGUCAGUUUGUCCAAUUCAUUGUGGCAACGAACACCUCAGAUUCUUACUUCAUGUUAGGAAAUUUAAAGAAAUGGUGGAAUUUUAUCGCAUAAUCACAAAUGCUGAAAUGGAAAGUUCAAAACCGGGAUUUUGUAUCUUUCAAAUGUAUACACAGCCAGGAUUAGAUUGUCAACUGGCUUUAAAAUACUCAAAACACAUCGACCCAGUACCUAUAGAAAAUGUGAUUCUAGUCUUUAAAGUACGUUGUUUGAAAAGCAUCAAAGCCUCUGUACCGUGUGUUAUCACACAACUUGAUGACAUAACAUACAAUGUGUGUGAUCCAGACGGAAACAAAAUACAACUAAAAACGGACCCAGUUACACAGAAACCGACAUCGCCUGGAUUAAGUACAAUGUCUGCAGUGAAAAAUAUAUUAGAGGAUUAUAAAACUUAUCGGAGUUCAUCGGACAGUUACGAUUCCGGGAGGUUUUCAGACAGUGACUUGUGGUUUAGUGAAGCAGAGCAACAAGUUUCAGAAAAUAACAAAAAAUUACAUUAUAACAUUAAUAAUGUAAGUUUGUCAGGGAAUAAAUCUUCUCAUAGAAUUGAAAGAAGUGAAGUGCGUAGUCAAACAAAUGAUGCUUGCCGAAUCAUUUAUCAGAAUCAAAAGAGUGACGGGGAAGAUAUGAAAACACAUUGUAAAUAUCAUUCGUGUUUUAAAGAAUCUGUGUACCUUUAACGGGUAAAUCAUCAGGAUUAUUUUGUGAAUUAACUAAUAUUGUGUGCAAUGUCAGUACAUUAACAUCUCUUUUUGAAGUAAAUUAUAAACCAGAAAAUGAA